AUGUACAAAAGCCCAAAUACUCCUUUACAAACAAACGAUCUGGACAUCAUAACCAACCACGGAGGCCUCUUUUUAGCGGCAGGAGACUUAAAUGCAAAAAACCAGUCCUGGAACUGCCGCACCACAAACCAGGCAGGCAAAACUCUCCUACAGCACAUGGAAUCGUACAACACCUACUCAAUCUGCGCACCAGACUCUCCAACACAUCACUCUUACAAUCCACAACACAGGCCUGAAAUAUUGGACAUCGCACUUGCAAACCUUCCCUAUAGCGAACUCACCCUAACCAACCAUAACGAGCUAACCUCUGAUCACAAUCCGAUUGUAAUGACCAUAAGCGACUCUCCCAUAACAAGCAACCCUCCAGCAGCCAAGAAGAGGAUAAACUGGCAAAAAUUCAAACAAGUACUACUGCAUAAUUAUCCUAAAAAGAUAAUCAACUUGAAAAAUCCUUCAGAAAUUGAUAACAAGGUCCUACUCAUUAUAUCAUCAAUCCAAUCAGCAAUGACGGAAUGUUCUUAUACUGCAAACCAAACCCAAGUCUCUGAGCCCCUCCCAUCCAGGAUUUUACAAGAGAUCACCAUCAAACGGAACCUUAGGAAAGACUGGCAACGUACAAGAAACCUAGCAGUCAAGACUAUGCUAAAUUCUCAAAUAUAG